GGUGACUGAGUUCGGCGGAGUUGCAGGGAGUACGCAGUGUGAGUCGGGGUAGUCGGGAGCUGUCACUGGCUGCAGGUGUCCUCUUACCCCCUGCCGCUGCCCCACUUCGGAUUGUUACCCCAGCCGAGCGGGAAGCAGAAGAUUACUCCCCGGGACCUGACAGGAUCCCCAGCCGGGCACAGAAUGGGCACCGCGGCAGCACGGAGGCUGUGGGGGGCAGCUCUGGGCAUUCUGCCCUGCCUCAUCGGCUUCUCUUGCGCCCGAUUGGAAGUCUACGUAGAACAGGCGUCCGUGGUGGUGGUGGAAGGGCAGAGCAUCACGAUCCCCGUCUCGUACGCCUCCGUCUCUACGCAGAAACCCUACGUCACCUGGUAUUUUGAGAGGCCGCCCAAUAAAGAGGUCCAGAUUUUGAAGUAUUUGGGGGAAGUCACCAGCAUCGAGGAGCCGCAGUUCAGGGGCCGCCUCAAUUUCGUCUACCCCAUGCCGUCGAGGAAUAUCUCCAUCUUAAUAACCAAGGCCCAGGAGAUGGACUCCGGGCGCUAUAAAUGCUACGUGGACGUGAGCGAUGACAGCAGCUCCGGGGGGAGUAACGUCGGACUCAUUAACGUUACCGUGUUAGUCCUGCCAUCCACGCCGAAGUGUCAGAUUCACGGGACUCCUUACAUCGGAUCUAACGUGACACUUAGCUGUCAAUCAUCGAGCGGGAAACCCAGUCCCAAUUACUCCUGGAUACGGUCAGCACCCAGUACCCAGGUGUUUUUUGCCCCGGCUCAGGAUGCUGUGAAGGGAACCCUGACCCUGAUGAACCUCACGGCCCAGAUGUCGGGAAUCUAUGUGUGCACAUCCAAGAACCUGGCGGGGAGCUCGUCCUGUAACAUCACCGUGCAUGUCACCUCCUAUUCCAAAACGGCUGUGAUUGUAGGAGCCGUUAUAGGAUCCAUUGCUGGAAUCUGCUGUUUGGUGAUCUUGGUGGUCGGGUUAAUCUAUUGCUACAGAAGAAGGAAAAUGGAAUUACAGGAGGAGGUGGAGAACGAGAUCAAAGAGGACUCGCAGGCCCCGAGACCAACGACCUGGGCAAAGGGCAACGACAUGGACUUCAAAAACGGCACGUUGUCAUCAGUAAACACAACCAGAGACCACAAGGCUUACAAUUCAAAGUCCCCGUCAGACAGCGCGUCGGUUAUCACAGCGGCCGGCAGCAAUGUCGGCUUUAAACCAAACGAGAGAGCCCAGGUCACGACGCCAACUCCCAGCAUGUCCAGCCAGUCCUUACCCUCGUACAUGGCCCCAGCGAAUGGGAGUUAUUACAACAACGCAGCGGCUCCCAGGGACACCGUCCACAGGCCAAACGGACACCCCCCGCCAGUGCCGAGAAAAGAACCGGCAAUGGUGUCUGGAGUCACCCCUUCCAACCUGGUCAGAAUGGGCGCUGUGCCCGUCAUGGUCCCGGCUCAAAGCCAAGCGGGGUCUCUCGUGUGACCACAAACUGCCCUUUCUGCCCCAAAAGAAAA